AUGCACCUUCACUUGAACAAGGAUAAUGCCGAGGCCUACCCGACGGCAUCCCCGCCAACCGGACCGGAGCUAGACCGGGGUCGGAGCUGGGGAACCAAGUGGCGUCCUCGACGAUGCCGGACUUCAACUCCAACAAUCUUCCCCGCAACGACUGCUGCAAGUCGUCCGAAGAUGAUGAUGUGCAACUUCACGCUUGGCGUCCAAUUCCGCGUAUUCUCGCGGGCUGCGCGAUUCCGUGCGCAGCCAUCACGCUUCACGGGCGUGUGGCGUCGGUACUCGUCGGUGCCGAGCAGCAAGUUGCCGCUUGAUGGGUAUCGAGUCUUGGACAUGACAAGAGUCUUGGCUGGGCCUUAUUGCACUCAAAUUCUGGGCGAUCUUGGCGCCGAGGUGAUCAAGGUCGAACAUCCCGUACGAGGUGACGAUACUCGAGCAUGGGGGCCGCCUUACGCGACCUACAAAGCUGAUUCAUCCAAAGAAGGACCCGGCGAGUCCGCAUACUUCUUGGCCGUCUCUCACAUGAGCCAGACUAACCACACCCAGGUAAACCGCAACAAAAAGUCGCUGGGGCUAAACUUCCAGCACCCAGAUGGCACCGAAAUCCUCCACAAGCUCGUCUCAAAAUGCGACAUCCUGGUCGAGAACUAUCUCCCCGGGACCCUAAAGAAGUAUAAGAUGGACUACGAGACCUUGCGCGCCAUCAACCCGGGCCUCAUCUACGCCUCCAUCACGGGCUACGGACAGACGGGCCCUUACUCGGACCGCGCCGGCUACGAUGUCAUGGUCGAAGCAGAGUUCGGCCUCAUGCACAUCACCGGCAGCCGCGACGGAGAGCCCGUCAAAGUCGGCGUCGCCGUGACGGACUUGACAACAGGGCUAUACACGAGCAACAGCAUUAUGGCUGCGCUGCUAGCGCGGGCAAGGACCGGGAAGGGCCAGCACAUUGACGUGGCGUUGAGUGACUGCCAGACGGCGACGUUGGCCAAUAUUGCCAGCAGCUGCCUUAUUAGCGGCAAGAAGGACUCGGGACGAUGGGGAACCGCGCAUCCGUCCAUUGUGCCGUACAAGUCCUUCAAGACCAAAGACGGAGACAUCCUCUUCGGCGGCGGCAACGACCGCCUUUACGGGAUCCUCUGCGAGGGCCUAGGCAAACCGGAAUGGAAGGACAACGCCAAGUACAAGACAAACGCGCAGAGAGUCGCCAACCGCGUCGAGCUCGAGGCGCUGAUUGAAGACAUCACCGUGACCAAGACGACGACGGAGUGGCUCAAGGUGUUUGAGGGCCGGGGCAUGCCGUACGCGGCGGUUAACGACGUCCAGGGCACGCUGAACCAUGAGCACACGCUGGCGAGAAACAUGGUGGUGGAGAUGGAACAUGAGGAGUGCGGGCCGAUCAAGAUGGUCAACACUCCAGUCAAGUACUCAGAGAGCAAGCCGACGAUUCGGACGGCGCCGCCUACGCUGGGGCAGCACACGAGCGAGGUGCUGGGAGAGCAUUUGGGGUUGUCGGAGGAGCAUAUCCAGUCAUUGAAGAGCAGCGGUGUAGUUGGAUAG